UUGUGUCCCUUAGCCGGAUGUGACGUCAACGGGGGAUAGAAAUUCGCCAGAGAAAAUAAAAUUGUACUGUGUCGCUGAAGAAAUCAACGUCUUUAGCACAAUAUAUGCGAAUCAUCCCAAAUGCUAUGUUCAGAAACAGUGAAGUACCAUGGCUGAACCAGAUCCGGUAACAGAGAAAGAAAGUACAACCGUAUACGACUGUGAUUGUCAUAAGCUGUAUGCCACGGAUGUCCCUGGGGCUGUUUUACCGCAACCUCAACCAGAAAGAUGAAAAGUUACAGAGUUGCGAAUAUGGUUGAAAUGCCGGGGACAAGCUGUGAAAUCGAAGGAGACAAAAGCCGAACUUUGCUUGAGGGUAAAGAAAUUCAGUGACAACCAGGAUAACAUUCUAAUUGUGGAUCCUUAUCCAGACCAGCCAUUCGCAGCUAAGAAAAAGUCGUCCUGUAUGAACUGUAAAGGACAAUCGACAGUGUCAACAGCAGAAGAACAUUUUAAUUUGGAAGAAUGCACAUGGACCCAAAGCACCAGACCAAUCUUCAAAGACUUUUCGUACAUGAACAUUCUGGAAUGGACCAAAAGUUCUGGUAAAGGUUCAAAACUGGGUGUUGAAAAGCCUAUUCAACGAGGCUAUGUGUUUUUUCAUGACGGGUAUGUAUUCGACACAUGGACAUCUGAACGUGACAGUUCAACAAUUGUUAGAUGUAAGUGUUUCCGCUCCAUGAAAAAAAGAACUUCCCCACAUGCACAUGUCUGCCUUGACAAGAAAGGGGCUGUCACAUCUGGAAAAUGUAGUUGUGUUGCAGGUGUCAGUGGUCAGUGUAACCAUGUGUAUGCGCUCCUUUACACUAUUGACCGUCACAUGAAACUGAAGCUCACAGAAUUUCCUAGAGAGAAAACCUGCACAGAAAUGCCAUCGAAGUGGACAAAACCUCGCACCGAAGGCAUCCGCUCAGAGGCUGUGAUGUCCAACAGGGUUGUAAAACCAAAGUUUGGCAUAAGCAGCUCUGGAAUUAAGCCUUCCCUUUAUGAAGCAAGGGCCAACGAUGCGAAGAAAGCCGUAUCAACAGAGGAAGCCAAUGAAGUAUUGAAGAGAAUCAAUCCGCUGUUCGGAUUUUGUCUGACAACAGGCGGUACAGCUGGUCCAACACACACUAAAAUGGGCUUCAUAGUACCAAUGGGAUCUCCAUUGUCCUACCAGCUUGCUGUGUCUGAAGGAGACUUCUCGGUUACGGAAAAUUUGCCUUCAGUCGAUGUAAAAAUUGGACAAGGUUUAGGCUCACCACCGGACUUUCCAUGGAAUGAUAGGCUCUUGGAGGAAGACAAUCCAGAUGGAAUCCAGGACAUUGGCCUUGUGCUCACACAUGCUGAAGCUUGUGACCUGUUCACAAGUACAAAAGGAUCAAGCUGGUUGUGACCUUUGGUUUGAGGUGAGAAAAAAAACGUUUAACUGCCAGUAAGUUUGGGGCUGUAAUGAAACGAAAAAAAGAUAAGGAAAUUUUUGUUAAAAACUACUUGUGUAACUCAAAGGACCUUUCCAAUGUGCCGGCUGUGGUGUACGGAAAGAAAAACGAAAAUAUGG